AAAGAUACAAGCCAACUAACUGAAGGAAUGAAACAGCUCCAGGGAUAGUUUUGUGAGAUCCGGCCCGACGGCGAGUUAGGAAAGCCUUUUGCGAUGGACAAACCUGAACUUGAUGGAACUUCAGAAAUCUUGCAAUUAACGAAGGCGCUUCUCGAAUAUUCCAAAAAAGCGCGCUCAGGAAAUCUGAUGUUGCCUUCUAAUCCUCGAUCUUCAAUCUGGAAAAGAGUGGUGAUGGCGGCCAUCUGACACGAGCUCUAGCUAAAGGUCAACAGAAUAUGUUGACACCAUCCUUCUGGAUCACACUUAGAGAACCAGUUUCCAAACGAAUAACAGAAAUGGACGAAACCCUCCAUGGAAGCAUCUAGAAGCAUCGACACUGGGUCGAAGAAUGUCAAUUCUCUUGAUACGGACCAAUCAUAGGGACCUCGCGGAGGGCUCACGCUUACACUUAAGUGCAAAUGCGCUGGUGAGUACACAGAACAUCAGAUGCUUCAAAAUAUUGUGUACCUACCACUACAUUCUUUUUUUGACAAAAACCCUCGUUACGAUUGGUUGGCGUGUAAAAAAGCUCACAACAAUCUCACCCCGAAUUUAAUCGCCACGAUGUCGAUAUCUAUUGAGCACGAAGACAAUACCUUCAAACAAGGCGAGCAUGUAGAAGAAAACAUUGUCGAUGUCUACGACGACGAGGAAGAAGUAAUUUCCAACUCUGGAUGCGGCGUUCUCGGACGCGACGACACCAAGGAAAAGGUUAUUAACUGGGUAGGUCUCAUUGGAGAUCUAUUCAUCCGUUCGCUGAAGUGCGUUGUUCUUCCUCUCGUCUUUAUCAACGUCAUUAUUUCGGUCGUUGAUAUGAUGACUAUCGGUCGCGCGGGAUCGAUCGGAUGGAAAACAAUUGGACUGUACUUAACGACUACUGUUAUUGCCUCCAUACUGGGCAUCCUUUCUAUCUUGUCGUUCAAGCCACUGUUUGAAGAAGGAACCUUUACAGCUAGUAGCCCAGCAACAAUCAAGCUCGGCUGCAACGACUCUGGUGAAUACAAAACUGAAUUGCAAGACGGCACCCUUACGUGCACCGCUGAUACAGGUAACAGCUCUCAGUUUUUCAUCGAAGAUUUGUCCCAGAGUUUUGUUCGGGCAAGUGGAAGUGUCCGUUCAGAUAUCUCCCUCAGUGACACCAUCUACGAAGGCGUGUUUACAAAUCGUUUGUGGAGGCUAAUUUCGCGGCCGUUCGCCAUUGCCUUUAGUGUUGCUUUGAGCAAGGUCUUUGACCGCCAGCGCGACCACGAUACCAGUUUUAUCAUCCCUUUUCUGAAAGAGCUGGACUCUGUGUUUCUGACGAUAAUCAACUGGAUCAUUAUGUGCACUCCUUUUGCUGUGCUUUCCUUGAUUGCGUCUGCCAUUGGAAAACAAGAAGAUCUGGCCGAUUCAUUUGCCAACGUGGGGUAUCUGGUCGUGGCGACUAUAACUGCUAUGGCUCUGCAAAUUGCCGUAGUCCACUGCCUCAUCUUUGGUUUGGUCACACGAAGCAACCCCUGGCACUACCUCAAGUAUAUGAUUCCGGCACAAACAAUGGCGUUUGCGUGUUCAAGCAGUGCUGCCACAAUCCCCAUGACCCUCAAGUGCGUUCAAAGCACGAACCGGGUACCUGAGCCAGUCGCACGUUUUGUGAUUCCUUUGGGUGCGACCGUGAACAUGGAUGGAGGAGCCAUUUAUUUUCCAUGCGCCUGCAUUUGGCUUGCUGUUUUGAACGGUAUUGACCCCGAUAUUGCCUCGUACUUUUUGCUGGUUAUUAUUUCGACAAUUGGUAGUGCCGGGACGGCACCGGUUCCUUCGGCGAGUUUGGUAUUAAUUAUCACGGCUUACAACACCGUGUUCAACACAACUGGCGUGCCCGAAGGGUUCUCCUAUAUUCUUGCGAUUGACUGGUUCAUGGAUCGUCUACGCACAGUCGUCAAUGUGACGGGAGACACUGUCGUGGCUGGUAUGGUUUCCCACUUAUGUCCCGACGGAUUACACGAGACAAAGACCCGACACGAUAGCUCUGUGGAAGACGAGCCGUCCACGGAUGAGGAAGUUGCCAAGCGCCUUCCCAGUAUGCCUCUUUUUGGCUUUCGCAAACAACGCAAAGCAUCGCGGUCACCGUCUCCGACACGCGGCGCCGCUUCUUCGUCGACCGCCAGUCGUGCUAAUACCGGAACGACGAGGCCAUUACGAAGUCGUCGGACUCACGUGGAUAGUGACGAGCGCAUGCAUAACCCCUUGGGAUCUCCCAUGCUGCUUCCCACCAAUUACGAUCCCGAUGGGCGGCUUGGACAGAAUGCGUACCAGACUUCGCCGUCGAUGAACACAUGCAACAAUUUUCUGCUGGGUGGAAACUACUACCCUGGAAAAGACAAGAAGCGACGGCACUAUCGGACAAAGGCUAUUUGGUAUCGGAUAUUCUGUUCAAGCGGACCGAGACAGAUUGUGACUUUUAUCGUUUCUCUCUACUUGUUUCUGUGGCUGCCGAUUACGCACUUGCUUUCCACAUCCCAGGCUCCAAGCUUGACGAAUUUUGACUGGCUCUUGCGGGAUACUACUUUGCAAUUACCCACCAUGGAAGAACAGCGUGAUACGGCAUCCAAGUUAAACAUUGAACGCGAUCAGCUGGAUGCCGAGGGGGGUAUAUCGGACCGGCUACGAAUAUUAGAAAAAAUUGUGCCGGACUGGUUUCACAGGAACGACGAGCAACCCCUCGCAAAACCCGACGUGCCCGUCAGUUCCAAGACCGAGACACAGCCAAUACCAACAGGUGAUCGCAUCCCACAGCCCAGGAAAGACGUAGAUUCGGAACACAUCGUAGAAGAUAGGCCCCCGGAGAAUGAUGGAAAAGUCCACUCGCGGAAGGCGCGCAUUACGAGAAUGAAAGAAUCAAACAAAGAUGGCGUAGAAAAGGGAAAUGAACUCGCAAAUCCCAAGGCGCUCGAACCCUAUGGUGGGCCAGCAUUGGUCGUCCGUAAAGCAGGGGACCGCAUUCGGCACUUAGGCAAUACCGAUCUUUUUGUAAAUGAGACCAAAUGCCCAGCCAACCUUAUCCCAGACGAUGUUCAAACAACCCUCGUAAUUCAGUCGAGCUCCAAUCGCUUAUGGAUUUUAGCGGAGACUUGUAAGCGAUGGAAUGACCCGAUCAUAGCAGUGAUCGCUUUGACAAGUACAGAGGACCAUGACGAGGUUUCGGCGCUGCUUUCUGGUUGGGACGAUAAGUGUCCUCACCUUCAAGUAAUUGUGUACCAGAUGGAUACAGACGAGGAAAAGCCUGAGAUGUAUCCUGUGAACCGCUUGCGCAAUAUUGGAUUGGAUGCAGUGCAUACAAGCCACGUACUAGUUGCGGAUGUCGAUUUUAUUCCGGCGCAAGAUUUGGCUCGGUUGAUUCGCACGACGCUGCUUGACCGUGCUAGACUUCGAGUACUGAAAGAUGACAUGAUCCCGAAAGACCAAGAUGCGAUUGUUGUUCCCGCAUUUGAACGCCUACUGGCAGAACCGUGUACAUCCGAGGAUAGCUGCAAAGAACAUCUUCGAAGCAAUAGCUCAUUCAUUCCGCAUACUUUUGACGAUCUUCGUUCUUGUAUUGCCGAAAAAAGCUGCAUCGUUUUCCAGAGUAAAGUCAAUUGGGAAGGUCAUUUUUCGACCCACUCGGAAGACUGGCUGAAGAAGAAAUGGUACCAGGGCGAACCGAUCGCUUUUGGCGAGGGCAAACCAAGCGUCCGUCACAUUCGCACGCUCGAUUGCUUCGACUCGCUACGCUACGAACCAUACGUCGUCCUGCAAUGGUGUCCGACGGGCAAACCUGAUCCAGUACGGGCCACUGCUCCUUACUACGAUGAGCGCUUCCACGGCUACGGCAAGAACAAGAUCCAGUAUAUUCAACACUUGCGGUUAGCGGGUUAUCACUUUGCUGUUUUACCCGAAGGUUUUAUUGUGCACAACCCACACCGCGACUCCAAAGCCAAGGAAACUUGGAACAACCAAAUCGUGUGGCAACGGUAUUUCGCGACAUCGCUUCUCAAACGCGUCGACUUGUCGCUCCGCAACUUGUCUCAGAACCGUAUCCAGUGCUCCGCGAAUGACUGGAUCACUGACCGUCAUUUCGACUUGAAAGUCUACUUUGCAUUGUGUGUUUUCGAAACCAUCUACCGGACUGAGCGUCCAUUGACUCCGCAGCGAAUCGAACAUUUUGCUUUCGAUACUUUGCGUUUCCACAGUCCAGCGCUCCGGAACCACGUGCACCCGAGAAACCGGCAACAAUGGUUUGGGUGCCGGACUGAUGCGUCUAGUCUAGGCAACGAGAAGGCAACUUGCUACUUGUACGGCAAAGAGAUACACCCGAAGCACGCCAAGGACUCGCGAUUUCAUCCAUCCGGAAUGUUCACAUUAUUCGGCUCGGCAGGAAAACUCAUCCAACGAUCAAUCCGUACGAAUAGCGGACUCCUCGACUAUGACGUCAUGAAAGGUUGGGACGAGUUUCGUACGAUCUCCCGUGACACGUGA